CAUAAUCUCUAUAAUAUAUCUUAUAUGCUUUUUUGGGAUAAUUCCAUUGCCACAAAUUAUUCAAGAAGAAAUCUUACCAGUGCUACCUUGGUGGGCUCUUAUAUCUUUUGGCUCAUACUCGCUUGGGAGUAUUGGAUAUCACUUAUAUAGAUUCAGAAAUUGUGAUGAUGCUUACCAUGAAUUGAUGGAG